AUGAAAUUUAAAUUAAUCGCUUUGCUUCUUUCUGUAAUAUUAUUAAUCCAUGACAUCAACGGAAGCCCAACAAUCUACAACGAAGACAACAAUGACACAACAAUAAGAAUUCCGCUUCGCAUCAAUCCAUUCUAUAAGCGAAAUACACCCAUAGAACAUUUACAAGCAAUCAAGAAACGCAACAACAAUAACUUUUAUGAAAAUAAAAGUCGCGAAAAAAGCAACAAACAGAACAAAAAGAAAAAAUCGGCCCGACUUCCAAUAAACGCGGUAGGCAACGACAACCAAUGGACCGGUGACGUCCACAUCGGCACGCCGCCUCAAAAAUUCACGCUGGAGUUCGAUACCGGAUCUUCGGAUCUAUGGGUGGCUUCGGUAUUUUGCGAGAAAGUUAUGUGUAAUGGUCAUAAUUUGUUCGAUCCACACAAAUCUUCUACAUAUCAUGAAUUGAAGACUGAUUGGGAUAUGGGAUAUAUGGACGGAUCGAAUGUGACUGGGUUCCUUGCAAAAGAUAUCUUGAGGGUUGGUAGCAUCGAAAUUCACAAUCAGACUUUUGCAUUGGCCACAAAUCAGACCACAGAAUUCCAAAAAGAUGUGGUGGAUGGUGUUAUUGGAUUAGGGUUAGGUACGAAUACACGAAUUAAGGGUACCAAAACUCCACUCGAUAAUAUGAUAGAUAAAGGAUUGAUCAAGGAAUCAUUAUUUUCCGUGUAUUUGGUCGAAGGGAAAAACGGCGGCGGUGGUGAAUACUUAUUUGGUGGAUAUGACAAAUCCAAAAUAAAAGACGACAUUACAUUCGUAUCAUUAUCAUCAACGCAAGAAUGGGCAAUUCCCCUAACAAACAUCUACGUGGGCAGCAACUCAAUUGACAUCACGGGAAAUGUACUAAUUGACACGGGAACCUCGGUAAUUCUCUUGGGCUCCAAAGCGGCCAAACAGGUGUUUCAACAAAUUCCCGGCUCGAAAAUCGUCAAACUAAAAGGAAACACUAUGGACGUGGAAGGAUCGUGGGUUGUGCCUUGUAAUACCACUGAAAACAUCCUAUCACAAAAACGACAAAAGCACCAAUCAAAUCCAAAACAAGAACAGCAAAAUCCAAACUCACAGCAAAAACCAGAAGAAAAGCAACCGCAACAACAAGAACAAAUUACUUUUAUUAUGGGAAACCGUGAGUUUGUGAUACCAACUGGAGACAUUAUACUUGAAAAAGUUGAAGAAAUUCCUCAUUAUUGCUAUGCGGGUAUUCAGGCUGGUGCUCCGGAUGAUGUUUGGAUCUUGGGCAGUAUUUUUAUAAAGCAUCACUAUUUGAUUUUCGAUCAAGGUCAAAAGCGAAUCGGAAUUGCAAAUCGUAAAAAUCCGUAG